AUGGAUAGCAGGAACUGGAGACAGGAAUUUACAGAGCUGGAAAUCACCCUGAGCAACUCUAAACAGAGCGACCGAAAUCACUUACUCCGCCUGAUUCAUCCCACUUUGAUAGUCUUUUUACGCAAGAACGAGAACUUGACAAGUGAUAAAAUAGAUCACGUAUUCCGGAUAUACAAUAUUGUUUGUGUGCAGUGGAAAGAAUACAUUGAUCCACUCAUCAGUCAGGAGAUUUUGGAGGGAAUAAGCGCCGUCUUGUUCCGUCUUUCGGAUGUGGCUAAUAAACAUAAUCUGCCAUGGAGUUGCUUAUCGGAGGAGUGUUGUUUGACUCUGGCCCGGGUUAUUCGGGCGUCUAUCCUAGUCUCAGUUCAAAGACCAUCUAAUGUUUUACUUUACUCUGCAAAAAAUCUCCCUUUGUUGAGUCACAUGUGUUCCACACUUUUGGAAAUGUCCGAAUUCGCUAGUUGGCGAGCCGUUCGCCUAGAGUCCCUGGGCGCAUUAAAAGUUUUGUUCCGUCCGUCGGAUCAAAUCUCCAAGCGCAGUAGUCUUGUGAAAAUCCGCAAGUCUGUGACUCAUUUCUUGCCCGGAGUUUGCCAAACUUUGCAUCGCAUCGUCACGGGGGAUCAAAAAAUCGGAUCAUUGGUGAAGGAGCUUUCACUUGAUACGUGGGCUGUCUGUUUGACGGUCGUAUUUGCACAAGUGGAUCCGGUUUGUUCUCCCAACGGGGAUUCAACUGCAUCCGAUACCCAAGCUACUACAAUGCCGAGGCCAGAUUCAUCACUUUUCUCAAAAGAAUGGUAUGAUACAACAGUACCAAGGCUUCAAGUGCUGAUUCAAAACACAGUGGACAACUUUCUCCAUGUCCAGUUGAAUUCCGAUGCUGUCGAUGGCGACCGUAUGUCCAUUGCUUUCAUACGUUGGCUUUCGGCACUUCUCUCAGACUGCAUACCAUCGAUAGAAAGACAAUUGGCUCUGCCCCUGAGGAACACGGUGGUCAGUGGUUUAGUUUCACUGGCUGCUCGAAAUUCCCCGAGCGAUUGGACCGAGAAAACCCUAGAAACACAAGGUAGUGUUUUGGCCAGGGAUGCGCUCUUGCAUUUUGUUAAGAGGUCAGAUGAACCAGUUACCGGUAGUUCUUUGCCAGAAGCAUUGAACGGGAGCCGGCUGAUCCGCAAAAUCACCAUCGAAGCCGUUUCCAAUCAGAUUGCGUUGCUCACAAUGCACAUGCCCAUUUCUGUCGAUGCAAAUAGUUUAUCGGUUUUGGCCAGUUCACGUGAUCUGUUGCACCGGUUUUGUGCUGGUUUGGCCGAAUUUCUCGCAUUCCACAUCAGUUGCGUCGAACUGUUUGGUGAUUCAUCAACCAGCGCAAAUUCCCUCACGGUCUUACCCCCGCAUCAAGGCAAUCGAAUUCGAUUCCCAAAUACAUUCGUCAAAUCGUUCCAACAAUUUCGGGAUCCGAAGACGUUGCUGAUGGUCCAGUCUGUGGCUGCACGGAUCGCUUCACAAGAUGAUACAGUCGAUUUGUUUAUGGAAACUUGUCAAGAUGUGAUGCUUCUCAGUAGCGGAUUACAUCGUAAUCCCUGUCUUCUACUUAUGCUGUCCGGUCUUGCGGGAUACUUGCAUAACGGUACGUUUCAUUUUGUUGGGUUUGUUUUGGUUUUAAAUUUUUCACAUUUCUGGUGGGCUUACUUUCAACAUUGA